UGGCAUAUUUUGAAAGAUGGAGGGGGAGGGCUGUGUGUGUGUGUGUGUCUGAGAAAUGAGAGAGGAGAGUACUGAGCUGGGAGAAAUCUGUCAGAUUCAAACACACUCCGCUCUGUAUGAGCACGCCUGCAUGUGUGUGUGUGUGAGAGUGAGUGAGAGUGUGUGUGUGUGAGUGAGUGAAUGCGUGUGGGUCCGUGCGAUACAAAAUAAACGAGGGAUGAGAAGAGAAGAGCAGAGGAAGAGCUAGAAAGGGGCAGAAGAGGACCACAAAGUGAGGCCCGUUCGCCUACGGAUCAGGGACCCACUGGAUUCCAUGGACAAAUCGACCCGGCCGACAUCCCCGCUGAGAACUGUCUAUCGACCCUGACGCUGACGCUGAUGCUGAUGCGCCGCUCGCCGCUGUAGAGCAAGAAGGCAAAAGAGGGAGGGAGGGGAUCAGGGGUGUGAAGGGUCACAGACCACAGAGCUGCAGCAGAAGCCGAGGUUGAGAAGGUCGAGGAGCGAGGGCUUUGGGAGGGAAGGUCAAAGGUCAAAAGAUCAAAGAUGAUGACUUCACACGGAAAGCUGAGGAGGGAGAAGGGCAGCCUGGCCGAGUAUGAAUCUCAGAUAAAGGACCUGCGGGCCCAGCUGACAGACCAGAUAAAGAUUCUAGACUCCCAGGUUGAGGUGAAACAGCAGCAACUCUCCGACCUGUCAGAGUUUCUCCGGCGCCGGGGCGACAUCGAGACUGAAUAUGCGCGGGCCCUUGACAAACUAACCGAGAGGUUCACUCACAAGACGAAAAAGAAGGAGCAGUGGGGUCAGUCCGUUUGUCAGGUCUGGUCCGUUUUGCUGACUCAGACCCGUCUGGAGAGCCGGGAGCACGCGGCGCUGGGGGACACCUGCUUCAACACGCUCACACAGAGCCUGACGCACAGCACGGAGGACACACACCGCCUGCACAAAAAGAGCAAAGAGGUGGGAAUCCAGCUGCAGGAGGAGCUGCUAAAGGUCACCACUGAGCUGCAAGCGGCUCUGAAGACCUACAACCAGUACCACACAGACUGCCUGAUAGCUGAGGGCAAGCUCAAAGAAGCCGAGCGGCUGGAGGAACGGCACACCGGCAAGUCGGCCGACCUCGGCCCCGGCCCGUUGGCCGGGCAGCGGCGAAGCUCCGUCAAGAAGAUGGAACGGUUAAUGGAAAAGAGGCAUGGAAGAGUGCAGGAGACCCAGCUGAAGUGUACAAAGGCUCGGAAUGACUACCUGCUGAAUCUAGCUGCCUCCAAUGCGGCCAUGAACAAGUACUACCUGCAGGAUGUCAGCACUCUCAUCGACUGCUGUGACCUUGGCUUCCAUCUGUCCGUGGAGCGGGUGAUGAAGUGCUACCUGGCCAGUAGGUGGCGCAUUCAGAAAACAGAGGAGACAGGCCUGAAACAGCUAGAAACCGCCGUGACAUCCCUGGACCAGAGUGGAGACAGGGAUGCGUUGCUGCAGCAACAUGAUGCUGCGUUCUGCCUUCCGUUCCGAUUCAACUAUCACCCACAUGAGGGAGACCAGGUGUGCGAGGUGAGCGCGGAGAGCCAGGUGAGGUACGAACUCGAAACCCGGUUCCAGCAGCUUCAGUCCCGACUGGCUGCCGUCACCUUGGAAACAGAGGAGAUAAGCAAAACGCUUAAAGCCACACUUGUAGCCCUGCUGGACUCCAUGUGCGAUGGCGAGUGCAACCCCUCCCCCGACCUGUCCACCAGCGUAUCGCACGAGCUCCCUGGAGGAAGCACCGCCCCAAAACUUACUCUGGCCAAGCGUCGAGCCAAUCAGCAAGAGACAGAGACUUACUACUUUACAAAAGUAAAGGAGUUCCUAAACAGCAGCUCUCUGGCCUCCAAACUUCAAGCCAAACAUGAUCUUCUACAAGAUGCCAUACAGAAAGCGGAGGCCGUCGACAGCGACCCUUCCAGAAUGCAAUGUACUACUCGGUCAGUCCGUGUUCGGAAGUCCAGGCCAGUUUCCCAAUUCUGCCACACACUCUUCACCACAGACAUACUCUCCUACAUAGAGAGCUCUGGGCAGCAGAUUCCUGUGGUGGUUGAGAGCUGCAUUCGUUUCAUAAACCUCCAUGGCCUCCACCAUGAGGGAAUUUUCCGAGUCCCUGGUUCACAGAGGGAGCUGAACCACAUCAGAGAUGCAUUUGAGAGAGGAGAGGAUCCUCUGUCAGACAGUGAGUGUGACCUGGACUCCGUAGCUGGUGUGCUAAAGCUGUAUUUCAGGGGGCUUGAGCCUCCUCUGUUCCCCUACGAGAGCUACUCUCCACUCCUGGAGUGUGUCCAAAUUGAAGAGGAGACUGAGAAAGCUGUCCAGAUUAAAGCCAUCGUUUCCGCUUUUCCACGACCUCUCCUCAUCGUGAUGCGCUACCUUUUCGCUUUCCUCAAUCAUGUGUCUCAGUACAGUGACGAGAACAUGAUGCAGCCCUACAACUUGGCAGUUUGUUUUGGGCCGAGCCUCCUGAGAGGACUGGAGUCUGAUGAUGCCGUUGCUAGGCAGCCACAAGUUAAUGACCUUGUUAAAACCAUGAUCCUUCAGCAUGACAUCAUCUUCCCUGGCCAAUCAGAACUGCCGGGUCCUGUUUAUGAGAAGCACAUGACACUGGAGCAGGAGUACUGUGAGCCAAUCACGGAGGAGGGAGACGGAGAGGCCGAGCAUCUGCCCAGUGAGGAUGAGUGGGAGGCAGUGGCAUUGUUCGACUAUGUGGCCAGAUCCCCAGCAGAGCUCUCCUUCAAGCAGGGAGAUCCUGUUAUCCUUUACACCAAGGCCUCUUCUGACUGGUGGAGAGGCGAAGUUGGAGGAGUUAAGGGUCUAGUCCCUCACAAGUACAUCAGCAUACUCGAGGGGUCAGAGCGAGGGAAGAGAGAUGAAGGUAGAGUAGGCGGAGGCAGCACUGGAAACCUAACAGCAGAAGAUCCGCACACGGAAAACACAACAAGGAUGCGGGUAAACAGCGAUAGUGCUUCGUUGCCAGGGAGACAGAGAGGAAGCGAGGGGAGCCCGACUCGAAAGCCACAAGCGUCCUCUGCCACAAGACACCAAAUACCUGUGUCUCAGGAACGAAGACACACUUUGGACACCGUAAGACAGACCAGCUGCAGAAUCCCAGACAAACCACCGUUUGCUCAAGCAGAAAGACCAACAAUCGACAAGGAGAUGAUCAGCCGUCAGAUGAACUCCGUGUUUAAGGAGCUCCUGUCCCGUCAGCCUCCCUUGCCCUCCGCCACCUUCCCCGGCCCUGUGCCCGCGGCUCCUCCUUCCUCCUCGUCUUCCUCGGUCGCUCAAGCUGCCCCCUCGUCUAAAAAAGUGUUUGGUCUCCGAAGGCCGGGCCCUUUUCAGUCUGGUGGGCUGAGAUGAAGCGAGGAGAACACUGGGAUAAUUGGUUCUUUUUUCUUUUUUUUGGCAAUGACGAUCAUUUAGAUGAUGCCAAUCGGGCAUCUGGUGAAGAUCUUGAUUUUUUUUUCUUUUUCUUUUUUUUUUUUUUUGGUCUUUUCCUGUUUUAUGGACCAGUGUACAAUAAUUGCGUGUGCCAUCUCAUAGUGCCACUAGUCUUGGUGCCGUGUAGGUGUAUGUCCAGUGUGUCUGUUUUUACAGCUGGUUUUGUUCUGCUUUGUUCUGCUCUCCAGGCUUUUUGCACCUUUUGGAGAAUCAGGGAUGUGGCUUCACCGGUGAUACCACCAGGAAAACUGCUUAGUAUGGUACUAGUGUACAUAAACAAGAAUUUAAACAAAACUUAAGCUGCCCCCUAGUGGCAGGUCUGAGAUCAGCUUCACCCUGUUGAUUUGCCCAAGAAAACUGAUCUUAGUCCUGUGCCUAGGAGUGCCUUCACGUCUGCUUUGGCGUUUAUUUCACUUGAAAACACCAGAUAAGUGUAGAGUUUGUGUAUGAAAUUAAAAUGUGCACCGAUAUGAUGUCAAUAGGCCCAGACUACAACUGAAGUAAUUUGAACCUUGGUGAUUAUAGUAAACAGCAUUAUCACUUUUUAAAUUACAAUAGUGAUUAUCUUUAUUUUUUAAAACUUUCAUUCAAAAUGACCUUUAGUUCUUCAUGACUUAUUGGUGGUAAGCCUCUGGGCUCGUGCUCCUGUUUUAUUACAUAGUUUAAGUUUUAAAUGUUGCCUUCAAAUGGAGCCAUACUCAUGUCCCCAAGUCCUUUUUUCUUUUGCCCAUUAUUUUUCAUGAGGAUCAAAAGAUAUAACGUGGGUCUAGGAAAAAAAACGUUAUUUAGAAUUUUGCGAAACUGUUCUGAAAAAAAAAAAGAGAGAGCAAACCUUAGCUUUAAGACGUAGAAAACAAAAGCGAGAAAGCAGGAUUUGAUGGCUGGCACAAAUGUCAACCAGGAGACCGCAGCGCUUCUUCCAUUGGAAAAAGUUAUUCCUGCACGUACUUUUGUUUGAAACAUCAGAUUUAUACUUUGAAUUGUUUUUUUUUUUUUUUUGGUUAGUCAGGUGAACAGGUUGAGGCAGAAACUAGGUAGCGAGGAUGAAGAAAGGUUCACCUGAAUACCCUACACCCAAUUGCUUAAACAACAUCUUAAUUGGAUUUUCUGUGCCGUGUACUGUAACAUGUUAUCCAGCUCGUCAAUAGGAGCAGGUUUUGCAUGUUUUGACUGUGAAGCUAUACGUUUUGUGUUAAAAAGUAAAGUUGGCAGUGUUCCCCGUCUGCUUGCCACACAUUCAGUUAGCUCCUGUAAGCCAGUGUAUGAUAUUAAAUACUCCCAAACGUUAAUAAAUCAAUUGGAUUUAUUAAGUACAGGACAUAGGCACAGGAAGUACUAUCCUUUUUGUUUUAAUCUGUGCCUUCCAGUUAACAUCCAACGUUUUUUAGCCGGCAAACGAGCUAGGCCGGCUCGCAUUUAAAUUUAAUGGAAAAGCAAAGACUACAAUCAGCCAUACUAACUAGGAUUUCUGGCUUUAGUAUCACAGACAGACUUUAUUCCUUAGAGCAUUUUUAUCAUCCUCCAGUGCAAAAAGUAGCUACGUCGCUGUUAAAUCAGUAUCUUAAUGUUAGCGCUUCACAGUAACCCUUGGUUCACAUUCAUAUCAAGUUUGUUAUCUGACUGAUUUUUAUUUUACUUGUUACUUUCCUCGUGUUAAGCAAAUCGAAUUGUGUUAUGCUAACAGCAGCUAAAACUGCUGGAGGCAACAGCUGAGUUUGCUGAGAUACGAAGGUAUCUCUGGGGGCUGACACCACAACCGUCGUUUAACGUUUAAAUAUAUAGUGCGUCACAAAUUAAUUUAUGUAUUUUAUCCAAAUAAGUCUAUUGGUAACAUUGUACCUUGAGGUGCCGUUUCUUGGACUGAUAAAAGAGUAUUGUUUUUACAAAGCAGCCUAAUAUCGUAGGACAUAGUCACUGAAAACACAUUCCCCUUUAUAUGUGAUUAAAGGCCUCAACGCGAGGCCUAAUCUCAGGGCUUUUGCAGAGUUGAAGAUGGGCUAACUCAGGUUUAGCUUUGAACGAAUUAGUACGAGUUUGUCUCUCAGGUCUUCGGUUGACUUAUGGUGGCUUCCAUUUGAACUUCAAAGUUGGAAUUAGCUAGCUAAAAAUGCUAGCUUGAUAAAAGCUAACAGCUCUCAAGUAUAAAGCCCAGAUUGGAAGCUAAGUGCAUAAAAAUGGUUGAUUUACUUGGGCGGCUCAUGUUCAUAAACAUCUUUUAAUAGACCCACUGAAAACGUUAAGCUUGCAUGAUGCGUUAAAGCCGCUUAUUUUCAGGCUCCUUUGGUUUAAAGUGGGCUCGGAUCCGACGUUUAGCCCUUCCCAAUCCAACUUCCAAGUCAAAUGGAGCGCACCGUUACCCUUCAACCUGAAACUGUGCCCUUGCCUGAAGAGCCAAAAUGGUCCCUAUUAUCAGAGAGGCGUCAUUGACUUGCUCUGGUUUAAACUGUGAAACCAAUAGUGGCGUCUUGGAGCCAUCGUAGAAUCAGCUUCUUUUUUUUUUAUCCGCCAUUCGUUUUGGUCCCCGUUGGUAUUUAAAAUAGUCCAAUCCACUGGUCCAAUUCCAAAGUACUUCUGAAGUUUUUGCAGUCUUAUUUAAAGAAUGAUGAUUAUAAUUUUUACAUAUGUAAUUUCUCCACUGUCCUUUUACAGUCAUGUAAAAAGAAUAGAAGUAGAGUCUUUGUUUUUAAAUGAUUCUGCUUCUGUGGGUAGAACACCUUGGUAUUUUGGCUCACUGUUUGAUGAUGUUACUUAGUUUACUGUGUUAAACUGUAUAUGUGGGUAAAAAAUUAUGAGUACAAUAAAGACAACAAAGAAACCGAU